GGUCCUAUCUCAGUAGUAGUGUGUAGCGUAGUGUGUGCACAGCUACAGACCCGUCCUGCAGCAGCCGCAGCGCUGAGCGUACAGACAGUGGCAGCGGCAUCUGUCCCGGAGCAGCCGCCGCUAUGAGCUCGGUGUGUCCGCGCUGUCACACUGCUGUCUACUUCGCGGAGAAAGUGAGCUCAUUGGGGAAAAACUGGCACCGUUUCUGCUUGAAAUGUGAACUCUGCAACAAGAUCCUGUCUGCUGGCGGUCACGCUGAGCACGAUGGACGGCCUUACUGCCACAAACCAUGCUACGCAGUCCUCUUUGGUCCAAAAGGGGUGAACAUUGGUGGAGUUGGUUCCUAUAUUUAUGAUACUACACCUCGAGUCCCAGAGAGAGAGAUGUCUCCUUGUUCCACCACUACAGCCCGUCCCAUAAACCGUUCCCCAAAGUCUGUCACUAGAGUGGUAACCCCCACAAGAACAUUUGCGGGCGAGACGGCCCUGUGUCUUGGCUGCGGCAAGGCCGUUUUCUUUGCUGAAAAGGUGAUGUCCCUGGGGAGGAACUGGCACCGUCCAUGCCUCCGAUGCCAGCGCUGUAACAAGACGCUGAGUGCAGGCAGUCACGCAGAGCACGAUGGACUGCCUUACUGUCAUGUACCCUGUUAUGGACAUCUCUUUGGGCCAAAAGGGGUGAACAUUGGAGACGUGGGUUGCUACUUGUACGAGCCUUGUCUCGACAAAACCGAAUCACUGGAUGAGAUGUGAAUUUUACAUCACUUAGAGACUGUCGGGAAUGCCGCUGUCUACAAGCUAUUUCCUUAUUUAACUCUUUCCUGGCUGGGAAUGCAUCACACUCUGGAGCUUUGUUCUGUUCUAUAUAUGAAGUAUUAAAUUGAUGUCCUAAUAGUAUUACACAGCAGCUGUAGCGCCUCUUACUGCAGGGAAUAGGUGUUCUGCACCAAAACAUGGAGACGUCGCCCUGUGCCACUCUACCCACAGCCUGUAGACUGUUACCUGUAUAGUAUCCCACUCUCACCAUCUUGUAUGCUAUAGACAGGGUCACAGGACUUGUGUCCCCGGAGGGGAAUCCUUUCUCUGAUGUGUUAUGUUAGUUAGUAUUUGGCAUAGGUAAAUCCCUGAUAAAGUAACUGGGAAGUCUCUCAUCUCUUGCGCGUGGUCUGUUACCUGAAAGAUUAAUAUUUGCUGUAUUAUAAAAAUGGAUUUAGAAUAAAAUUGCUCAUGUAUCUGA